AUGAUUAUGGUAUCAAGACUUUAUAUCACUUACUUAUUUUUGAUUACAUUUCUGUUUAACGAUGAAUGUUCUGCGGGAGAAUACAAUCUUUUUGGAGAAGCAGGUCAAGCAUAUGCCAUUGAAAUAAUUUUGGGGAACCCUGGCCAAAAGUUAAAUGUUAUAGUGGAUACAGGGAGCGCUACAUUAGCAGUAGCAUCGUAUCCACGGCCAGAUAGUAAUAUAUAUUUUCAUACAGAAAACUCAACUACCAUUUAUAAAAAUGGAAAAGAGGUUCAAGCCAAGUAUUCACAAGGUGCAUGGGUGGGAAAGCUGGUGUCAGAUCUUGUUCACUUUCCAUCAUUACCAUCAGUUCCUGAAGUUCGGUGUGAUAUUGCACUCAUCACCAAGAGUAAUAAGUUCUUUAUGAAUGGUUCAGGGUGGCAGGGUCUUCUUGGUUUGGCCUACUUGCCAGUUGGGGCAUGGGGAGAGAACGUAAUAGUGGGUUCCUGGUUGGAUUCUGUGGACCAUAUGCUCAACAAACCAAUGUCAUUUGAAUUAAAACUUUGUGGCGCACAGGGUCCUACCAAUGCGACGCAUUAUGGCAAUUUAAGAGUGUUAGAUGACCAAGAAAUAGUAAAAGAUAAAGAUGUUAUGUUCCGUACACCUAUCCUUCGUAAACAUUGGUUUGUAGUAGGCGUUUUAUCCAUUCGAGUACUUACUGAUGCCACAGUGCCUUUGAUUGCUUCAAAUAUGUCCAAUGUGGGGAAUGUUUCAAAAAGUACAAAUGUAACAAAUGAAAAAAUACUGUAUGAAAUUAAUGAAGACACUUGUCAAAGACUGAAUGACCAAAAGAGUAUAGUGGACAGUGGUACAACUAAUAUAAGAUUGCCAGAUGAAAUAUUUAGUCAGGUGGUUAGUGAACUUAGGAAUGCAGCACGAAUGACAAAUGUGCUGAUAUUGGAUGAAUUUUGGUAUCACAGUGAAGCUGCUUGCUGGCCAGAACCUCAAGAAUGGUCACUUCCGUGGUUGGCGAUAGAUUUGCUUGAUUCAGGUGCAGAAAAUCAGUUUUUCACUUUGGAAAUACCGCCACAGAAUUACAUGCGCAUUGUAUCAGCACGCAAUAACAGUGGUGAAAGCGGAACCGUUUCUGAAUUUUGUUACAAACUAGGAAUUGAGGCUGGCGGUAAAGAAACCGUGCUAGGAUAUACUGCGAUGGAAGGAUUACAGGUACUGUUCAAUAGAUCGGCCGGCUGGAUCGGCUGGCAGACGUCGAACUGUGGUCCAAACGCACGCGUUUCUGGCCCGUACAAUACUUCUUCAUCACUUCUUGUUAGAUGCAAACUCAUAGAGCCUAUGUCCGACGCAGCAAUAUCAAUAAAGGCAGCUCAGUGGACACUUUUCGUUAUAUCAAUAAUAGCUUUAGGCGUGCUCGUCUAUUUGCUCGCACCCUGCAUUAAGAUGUUUAUUUUAAAACCUUUACCGAGGUCUCAGCAAAUAUCGUUAUCUCAAGCCGCGUUGGUAGAACAAGAGGCAUAUUAG